UGUCGGUAGCUCAAGGAAGAAUGAAGUAAAAAGCCGAGUAUCUGUGGAAUGGGUUGCUUGACAGGAUGUUUUCAUUCUGAACAAGGAAGUUAUCAUGACAAUAGACCAAAAAACAUGACCAACAAUCGAUCGUCUGAGGUUUUGGACUGGUCGAACGUUUCUCAGUUUAGUGGAUAUCUUUAUAAAAAGCCAUUUGGACAUCCGUCAAAUAAAUGGUCUAAAAGAUUUUUUGUUGUGAAAGAUGGCUACCUGUUUUAUUAUACUGAACAAGAAAGAAAAGAUAUGGAAAAAAGAAAAUGCAUCAGUAUUCAUCCUAAGGGAUUCAUUCCUUUGGGAGAAUCUGUUAUUAGUAUACAUAAUGAAGAAACACAAUAUUCAGCUUUCACAAUCUGCAGUACUGAACUUAAUAUGACCUAUUUGUUAGGUACAGAAAGUAAUUAUGAUAGAACUAAAUGGUUGGAACAUUUAGAAAAGGCACAGAAAAUAACCUGGAAAAAUGCUCAGUUGAUGGAUAAUAUGAUCAAACAGUUAGAAGAUCAGGGAUUACAAAUGGCAAAACAAAAACAGGUGUAUUUUGAUAAACUACAGUCAGAGAUUUCAGCUUUAUCUGAUGAAAAACAGAAAACUGAGGAAUUAGAGCAAGUAAACAGUGAAUUGGCAAAAGAGAAAGCAAAACUAGAACAGUACCAUGAAGAUCUGAUGAAAGAUUAUGAACAAAUGAAAGAUGAGUUAGAUAAUACCAUAGAAAGUAUGAAGACAUUAGAGGCUGACAGUGUAGAAUUGUCACAGACAUUACAGGAAAAAGAUACAAUGUUACAGAGUUUAGCCAAAGACAAAGACAGAGUGUUAACGCAACUACAGGAUAAAGAAAAUCUUAUAAAUAGAGAAUUUGAAGAUUUGUCUCAGACCAGGGAGGAAUUAAAACUGGCGUUAAAACAGAUAGAAGAUGACACACAGACUUUGUUAGACGAUAAAUCUGUAGCUGAAGACAAGUUGCAGGAAAAUGAGUCUAUCAUACAGCAGCUUGAAGAAGAGAAAAAAUCUAUAUGUGAUCAGGCCACUGAGUUGAAAGAAACUAUAAGGGAUUUAAGAACACAGAAAGAAAUGACUGAGGCAGAACUAAAGGAGGAAAUUGUGGCAAGAAUGGCAGCAGAGAAGAAGCUACGAGAUGCUAAUAUAUCAUUAGAUAGACUAGAUACAGCCGUGUCAUUACAGACGCCUAAUAUAAACCAUGAAAUCAAAGAAGAAAUGAAAACAAAUGUAAAAAAUCUUAAACUUUUCUUCGAAGACUUGGCAACAGAGGCAGCCAUUGACUCAGAUAAACCUGUGAUAGUUAAGAAUUCUAUACAUGCCAGAAAAACUAUAGCCAGACGUGUUAAAACAAUGAAAUUAGAUAGACGGAAAUCAAAUAGUAUACGUAUAAGAUCAACCACAAUAGAACAAGUGAAGAUGAAAUUACCCAGGCGAGCUGCAACUACUUAUAUGAAAGGACCAAUCAGUGAUUCAGAUCUGCAAGAACUUAUGAACCCUACAUCACGUGUGUCUAUUAGUCCUAAUGCUUCGAUAAAAACUAAAGUUGUAUUUACUGAACAUUUAUGAUAGAAAACUCAUAUAUAAAUACAUAUAUCAGAAGUCUUUCAUCUGUUACCAUACUUCCUUGCAACUACUGUAAAUUCAGAAAUUAUUACGUGUAUUUAUUAUUGUGAUUGUUAGACAAUCAACACAAUUGUGAGUUUUAUUGUUGCGAUUUCCAGAAAUGCUGCAUACAAAAAAGAUAUCAAAAUUCAAAUGUGAGUUUUUAUUCUUGCGAUGAAUAAUUUGUUGCAAUUAUUGCAAUGAUAAAGAUAUCGCAAAAAGUUUCUGAAUUUACAGUAUUUAAUUCUAUUUAUUUUGUUAUCAGAAUCUAUUGUAGAAAUUGUUUGAAUAAGUAUUUAUUAUUAUAAAAACUUGAAAUAACAAAUGACCUUAAAAUGAGAUAAAUCAUUAGCAAAUUUGGUAACCUGUCAUAUUAAAGAGGCUCAUAAGUAAUAACAAAAAGUAAAAAUAUUUUAUUAUCAAAUCAGUUUGAAUAUAUGUUGUCAUAAAAUGUUGCAUAUUUUUAAGAAUCUAUAUACAUGAUAUAUACAGUAUAUUACAUAUCUUGUCUCAAACUACUGUGGAUUCAUUAUUAUUCGUUGGAUACCAAUUUUCAUGGGUUUCGUGGGUGAAGGUGAACCACGAAUUCAAAUAUUCAACGAAUAACAUAUUUCCAAUAGGCUUUAUAUACAGAUAUUGGCAAAACCACAAAAUCAUAUAUCCACGAAUGUGCAAGUUUUCAGCAAUCCACGAAAAUUGAUACCAACGAAAAUAAAUGAAUCCACAGUAUAGUCAAUAAUUCUUACCUGCCAACUUUUCAAAAUCUCCAUGGGGGAUUUUAAGAGCAAGAGUACUUAAUGCUCCUCUUAUAUGUCAUAAGUGCUUUUAAUUCACUUCUAUUUUGUUUGGAUGAGUAUGUAUGUGUUUAAAUACCCUUUUAACUCAUUUGAAUGCCUGUUUUGAGGUGUUCAGUUUGUUUAAUAAAGAAUUUCAAAAUUCAGAUCAAUACCUCUCAUGGGGGAUAUCCCCCAUAAAUCGGGAUAGUUGGCAGGUCUGAUAAUUAUCCUUUUAACCAGUUUCAGAAUCUAGAAGAUUAUGGGUAAUUUCAUUAUUCAUACACUGAAUGGAAAUAAAGUAAUGUCAUUUGUUGAUUUCCAUUGGUUAAAACAUUACCCCAAAUGCUUCAGAUUAUGAAAUGGCACUAUGUCUCAAUAUAGGGAUAGUUAUUUACAAAAUAAUUGUUAAUUCCAUAUUUAUUCAUUUGAAUCAUCAAUUGUUGCCUGAAAUAGGAAAAUUUAUAAAUAAUGAGACUCAGAGCUUUUAUUUGAAAUUCCUUUUCCAGAAUAAACUGUUACUUUUUGAGGUGUUUUCUUUGUUUUAUAAGAAGAAAUGUUCAACGGAAGAAACAUUUUGUUAGUGAUUCACCUGGAUACAAUGUAGUAAGGAUUUUACAUCCCACCCUAGUAAUUUUAGAUGUCUAAUUAGUACUGUAAAUUCAGAAAUUAUUGCGUGCAUUUAUCAUUGCGAUUUUGUCAUUUUAGACUAAAAUGCGAUUUUAUUUUUUGCGAUAUUGAGAAAAUCCUGCUUAAUUCAUAUAAAAAAAAUUCAAAAUGCGAGUUUAAAUUAUUGCGAUUAUAACCCUGUCGCAUUUUUAGCAAUAAUAAAAACAUCGCAAUAAUUUCUGAAUUUACAGUAACUGAUAUCUUGUUGUUCUAUGUGAUGAUCCUAUUUUUGUUGUCUUGUUGAUUGUUAUUUAGGGUUGUGCUUUUUUGUCCGUUUUGAUAUUAGUAGACUUUUUUAAGCUAGAAAUUAGAAUAAUUAUGUUAUCAUGAACAUAGUAGUAAUAGUAAAACAUGGAACCCAUGCUCGACAUGCCAUUCAUAUUAUUUUACUUUGAAAGUUUUGUACAGUUAAACCUUUCCAUAUCUAUUUGUUACAGUGAAGAAAAAAUGAAUUUUUAAAUCUUUUUUUACAAAGUAGAUAUCAAAAUUAGACAAACGCUGGAGUUGAUGUACUUUAACAGUAGAUAUUCUUAAAUUUAACAUUACGCAUAUGUACAUUCAAUGUGUGAUUUAAUACGAUGACGUCACUGUUUGUAUUUUUAAGAAAAGUUUGGAUAAUAAUUCUACUUUUAAAUCAGAAAUUUACAAAAGAAACUAAUGUCAUAUUUUUUAGGACUGUACCAAAAAAGAAAAAGAAAAAUUAAGAUAAACGUUCUCAUUUUCUAGAUAAUAUUAAGAAAAGUAUUAAUUAGCUAUAAUAUCUACUUUGAACAUUUUUCUGCCGAGUUAUCCCCCCCUGAUGAUUUGGUUCUUUAAUUCAGAUGUAUUAUAAAAUAAUUUUUAAAAAGGGAAUAUGAAGUUUUAUGCAAAAGACUUUCAAGUAUAAUGACUUCCCAUUUUCCUCUUUAUAAUUUUCAAUUUAGAAACGAUAUGAUAUCCAGUUUUAAAAUGAAAUAAAAAAAUGACAACCCAAUAGAUGAUCAUUAGAAGACGUAGAUAUACUGUGUAGUUUUGUCUUGUAUGAGUUUUUAAAGAUGCUCAAUGAAAGAUGAAUGUGUAUUAUCAGGUGCUGAAUUUAAACUUAUUAAUUGUUAUUUUUUACCAUUACAUACUGUCUCUAGACUGAAAGACUGAAAUCCUCUGCAAAUUUUCCAGCUGAUGUAAGUUAUGUCGAAGUGAAUCUCUUAGUUUAGACCAUAAUAAAGAUAUUCUAACAUUUAUAAACAUUUCUCAUUCUGAUCUCAAAUGCAACAUAUUAGUUUUUUGUCUCAAUAAUUGUUUGAAAAGAUUUUUUUUUUUAAAUCAGAUAAAUUUUAGAGAUCUGUUAGUUGUAUCAUAUACGAUAUACCAGUUUGUUUACAAACAACAAUGUAUAGUUUUUAUAUCUUACCAAUGUGAUAAUCUUAAGUAUCCCUGAACUUAUUUCAUCAAUGUAAAUACAGAGCUUAGAUUUUUUUUGUAAGUAUAACCAAGAAUACCCUAUGACCUAAGUUAUAGAAAUAAUUGUCUUUCUUGUUAUAGAAGUGCUUUACAUGUAAAUUAAUUGUACUUGUAUAUUGUAAAUAUUGUAUUUGUUAUAGUUAACUGCAAAUCAAUUCGCUUUUUAAAUGUUUUAUGGGAUUACCUCCCUUUGUUUUUGUUUUAAAACUUGUUGUUAAUACAUUUGUAGUAGAUACCCACUGUAAAUUUUAGAUAUCUUGGUUUUCCUUUGUUCCCUUAAUUUCAGAUAUCUUUCUUACAAAAUUUGAUGUAAAAACAUUUUCUAUUUAAUUGGCACUUUUAUUUUCAUAUAUCACAUCAUAUAAUUAAUUUCGUUAAAAUUUUCUUUAAACAUUCCUAAAAAAAAACAAAAUCAGGAGAGUGCAAUAGAUAUUUACAUAUCAAGUGAAGAUUAUUAUAAUGGCUUUUAGAACUACUUUGAUAAAAUGUCUUAACAUUCUUAACUGGAAGACAUAACAGAGAGAUCUGGUGCUAUUAAACUACGCAAUCUUACAGUGCAAAAUUUUCCUACCAAUGUGAAGGGACAUUACUCUCAAAAUCACUUGCAUGUUUUUGUCAAACAUUUUCAUGAAUAUUCUGUAAGCUUCAAAGUAACACAGAUUAAUCUCAUUCUGUUUCCAAAGUAUUGGCAAAAAAAAAAGCAUUGCUUUAAUUAAGACUGUACGGUGGCCUAUAGUUGCUUUCAUCCACAUCCUUUGGUGUGUGGUAGACAGUUGCCUUAUUUGCAAUCAUACCACAUUUCCUUAUAUUUUAAGGGAUUACCUCCCUUUGUAUUUAUGAAAGUUUUGUCUCAUUAAUUCAAAAUAAAAGAAUAUCUAAAAGGCCAAUAGUUGAAAACAUAUGUGUACUAUUAAUACUUGUUGGAUAUACACAAUAUAUGUAUGUAUGUAUGUAUUUUAAAGAUAACAUUAUUGCUGUGGAGAAAUAUUAAUUCAUAAGUUUAUUUAUACAUAUUAAUGAAAUUUGUAAGUAGUAAAAUGAACUUUGAGGAGGUCAAUUUCAUAGUUUUUCUAAUAAUUACACAAAUUUCUCAAAAGAGAGCUAUUGCCAGUUUAAAAGUAUCUACUAUUCAAUAUAUAGUUUUAUAAUUUUUUGUCAAAUAGUACAAUAAAUCUAUUUACUGUAAACCAACUUUUUUCUCGAGCGAUUUGUUUUCACGUCUUUCCCGAGUUGAAAAAUAACACGAAUAUAAAUCUUCACGAAUUUGUUAAACUUUUAUCUUCCUUUAUAUAAAUACGUCAAAAUAAUUUUAAAAUCAUGAAAAUAAAUAGCUGCAAAGUUGGCUACGAAGGGCUAAACACGAAAUAAAGUAUCCGCGAAAAUAAGUUGGUUUACAGUAUAUUUGAUGAUGGGAUUAGCUUCUAAAACAAACUGAAAUGUGUGUUUUUUUGCUGUGCAUAUACUGAUUUUGUGUCAUGAAUGGAUACCCCAUAUCCUUUGUUUUUCUAUUGAAAUAGGGCUAUUUUGGGGAGGUUCUCCCAAGAUAUUAAUGAAUUAUACAAUUGUUAUGAUAUCCACCUUUUAGUUCAUUGUUAGCCAAUUACAACAUAUUGGUUUACACUUUUGAUAAUUCUACCCAGAAUGCAUUGGAAUUGAAUUGUAAAUAUACUAAAGUCUCCUUGCAUUUAUAUUCUUGUUUGUAAUCUUUAUAUACUAGUAUGCUGCUUUCUGUUUUAUUUGGACCCUCAGACUCAGUACAACGUGCUAGGAUAGACACUUAAAUUAGGCUAGGUCAGGAAACUUGAAACAGAUAUGUAACAACUUAUACAUAUUUAUCUAUGCCUGUUUCAUAACCAGAUGUUAUUUUAUAAUAUGAAGUUAAAUAUUAACAUUACACGUUAUUAGAUCUCUGUAAUGAUAAAUGAAGUUGAUUUGUAAAUUUUCCAAUGUUUUAUCACCUUACAGACUGAGAUAGAGCAAAACUUUGUUAUUAGAUUCUGUAGAAUAAUUCUUAUGGUCCUUUAUAAUGAUUCAUUGUCUCACCUGCAAUGAAUGUAGCAGAAUGCAUCCCAUAUGGGUGCUCAUCCUGCAGGGGCAACAACAUAAAUUAUUUAUAUGAUAGAAUUCAUAUCCCGUAUAUAGAUCUUUUUCUUUUUUUUCAAAUACAUGAAUUAUUUUUUUCCUUGUGACAAGAGAUCAAGAUUUACUAAUAACGGUAACUAUUUCAAAAGCGAUUUUUUUUUUUUUUUUUUAAAUACUUGAUAAUAGAUUUAUUGCACUAAGGCUGUUAACAAUGUAUACAGAUCUUGAUGGUUCAAAGUUUCCAUCUGGCAUAAAAUAUUGUAUAAACACUUGUCCUAGAUCUCAUUUUUAAAGUUCAGUUACUGCUAAAGAUACUGUAUGGUUUUUACACAUGAUUUUUUUUUCAGUUAUUGUGAAUAAAUUGUCUGUCUGACAGGAUUCAUCUGACCUUUACUUCCUUUUAUUGGAUCAUUAAUGAUUUAAAUUUUUUAUGAUACCUGUUAUGUGAUAAAGAAUCAGAUAUUGUAUAUAAUAAUAUAAAGGACAGUUGUGGACCAUAAGAGCUAUUGCUACAAUGAUUUAGAUGUAGUAUUUCUAGAAAGGUGUCUUAAUGCUGUGAUACACAUACACAAUGUUAACAUAUAUAUGACGAAAGUCUCAAGAAUUAAUAAAUUUUAUCUUACCUAC